UUUAUUUUCUUCAUUACAGAAACUGCAGACCAUAAACGACGAAACUAACAAAUCAUGUUCUGUGGGUAGUAGCGAACACAAUUUAUUAAAAAAUAGAAGUGAGCUGGUUAUUCCUUAUGAUCGGAACCGGGUUAUCUUGUCACCACUUCCACAUAAGGAAAAUUCAACUUAUAUAAACGCGUCUUUUAUUGAAGGAUAUGAUAACUCCGAAAACUUUAUUAUCACUCAAGAUCCGUUAGAAAAUACAAUAGAAGAUUUCUGGAGAAUGGUAUCGGAGCAAAGCAUUACUACUAUAGUUAUGUUAUCUGAGAUUGGUGAAGGAACUAGAAGAUGUCCUCGAUACUGGGCAGACGAUGAAAUUCAAUUCGAACACAUUCUUGUGAAAUACAUGCAAAGUGAAAGUUGCCCUUAUUACACUAGAAGAGAAUUUAAUGUAACAAAUUGUAAAAUCAAUGACACUAUACAUGUCACACAGUUUCAAUAUAAUGGAUGGCCAACAGUAGAAGGAGAAGUACCAGAAGUUUGUCGUGGUAUAAUAGAAUUAGUUGAUCAGGCAUUAAGUCACCACAGCAAGGAAAAAAAUGUUGGUUGCAAAUCUCCCCUUACUGUUCAUUGCAGUUUUGGUACAGAUCGAAGUUCUAUAUUUGUUGCUAUGUGUAUAUUAGUACAACAGUUAAGGACUGAAAAAUGUGUGGACAUUUGCACAACUACCAGGAAAAUCAGGUCGCAAAGAUCAAGGCUUAUUGACACUUACGCACAAUACGAGUUCCUACAUAGAGCCAUAGUCAUAAUUUUAUAAGGAGCCAUAUUUUGCAUAAUAAACAGCUACUAUUUAAGAACUUCUAACCACAUAUUGUAUAAAAUGUCAUAAGUUAAUUUUGUAAAAUUACUAUAAUAUAUUCUACAUUACUGUAGAUAACAUACAUACAUAAUAAGCAAGUAACCAAAGGACAAUUGAGUGUAAAAUUUUAUAUGUAAAUGUAAUAAAAAUGUUUGAUACCACA